UCAGGGGCCGCCGGUUUCCCUGGCAACCGCCGCGCAGCGUCUUCCUGAGGGAGCCUUUUCUGUCAGCCCCGGGAUCCCACCGCUCGCUCCCCACUGCCCGGUGGUUUUAGCGUGGGCCCAUUGACUGACAGACAACAAAAAUGGCGGAGCGGAGCCAGACGGCGCCAGAGGCAGGCAAUGAUACAGGAAAUGAGGAUGCCAUUGGAGGGAAUGUGAACAAAUACAUAGUGUUUCCAAGUGGAUACUCUGGACAGCCCAAGAAAGGACAUCUUACCUUUGAUGCUUGCUUUGAAAGCGGUAACCUCGGCCGGGUUGAGCAAGUCUCUGAUUUUGAGUAUGAUCUGUUCAUUAGGCCGGACACUUGUAAUCCUCGCUUCCGAGUCUGGUUCAACUUUACUGUUGAAAAUGUGAAAGAAUUACAGAGGGUCAUUUUCAACAUCGUUAACUUCAGUAAAACCAAGAGUCUUUACAGAGAUGGGAUGGCACCAAUGGUGAAAUCUACAAGCAGACCAAAAUGGCAAAGACUACCACCAAAAAAUGUUUAUUACUAUCGCUGCCCAGACCACAGGAAGAAUUAUGUGAUGUCCUUUGCAUUUUGUUUCGACCGAGAAGAUGAUAUUUACCAGUUUGCUUACUGCUACCCAUAUACAUAUACUCGCUUCCAGCAUUACCUCGACAGCCUACAAAAGAAAAACAUGGAUUACUUCUUCCGGGAACAGCUUGGACAGAGUGUGCAACAGCGGCAGCUUGACCUCCUGACGAUAACCAGCCCCGAGAAUCUCCGAGAAGGGUCAGACAAGAAGGUGAUAUUCAUCACAGGGCGAGUUCACCCAGGGGAAACACCAUCUUCAUUUGUGUGCCAAGGGAUCAUCGACUUCCUUGUAAGUCAGCAUCCAAUUGCCCGGGUCCUACGAGAACAUUUGGUCUUCAAGAUUGCACCAAUGCUCAAUCCUGAUGGAGUCUACCUGGGCAACUACAGGUGCUCUCUGAUGGGGUUUGACCUGAAUCGUCACUGGCUGGAUCCCUCUCCAUGGGCCCAUCCCACCCUGCAUGGAGUGAAACAGCUCAUCAUCAAGAUGUACAAUGACCCAAAAACAAGCCUGGAGUUCUAUAUUGACAUCCACGCUCACUCCACCAUGAUGAAUGGCUUCAUGUAUGGCAAUAUCUUUGAGGAUGAGGAACGGUUCCAAAGGCAGUCCAUUUUCCCAAAACUCCUUUGCCAGAAUGCCGAGGACUUCUCCUAUACUAGCACAUCCUUCAACCGGGAUGCUGUGAAAGCAGGAACUGGCCGACGCUUCCUUGGUGGGCUUCUGGAUCACACAUCAUACUGCUAUACCCUAGAGGUUUCCUUCUACAGCUACAUCAUUGGGGGUACUACAGCUGCUGUGCCCUACACUGAAGAAGCCUAUAUGAAACUGGGACGGAAUGUAGCAAGAACAUUUCUAGAUUAUUACCGGCUGAACUCCCUGGUUGAGAAGAUAGCAAUCCCCAUGCCAAGACUUCGGAAAGAAAAAGCCCCUCCUUUCAAGCACCCACCCCUGCGGGGCUCAACCAGCAACGUCUCCAUUGGCAAAGGGGACAAGAAGAACUCACUGAACCACAAAGACCCAUCAACCCCCUUUUAA